UGUGGGCAGGAGGAAGCAGAGCAGCAGCAGAGCAAACACUGGAAGAUCUGCAGGUCAUGGAGGUCCUUGCCCUGACCCUGGUUACUCUUCUGGCUCUGCUGCCCCCAGCCGAGCCCUGCUCCUCAGAGAUGAACAAAGUCAAGGACCUCCUGGAGGUGAACUGCACGGGGCAGGCUCUCAUCGCAGUGCCCCCAGACCUCCCUGCAGACACAGGCAUCCUGCUGUUGAGUGACAAUCGCCUGGAGUCCCUCUCCACCACUGCCUUUCUGUCCCUCACCCAGCUUCAGGACAUUGACCUGACCAACAAUGGGCUGGUGGCUCUGCACACGGGGGCCCUGCUGCUGUCCCUGAAGGAGCUGACCCUCUCCCACAAUGCAUUGGCAGCCCUACCUGUCCUGGAGGGCCUGCCUGCACUCACCCACCUGGCUGUGGCUCACAACAGCCUGGAGACAUUGGCCCCAGGGGCUUUCCGCACAGUGCCACAGCUGCAGAACCUGGACUUGCGAGGGAACAAGAUGCAGCAGCUGCCCCAGGAGGCCUUUGCAGGGCUGAGGGCACUCAAGGAAUUGGACCUCUCAGACAACCUCCUGAAGGAGCUACCCAAGGAGUUGCUGCAGGACCUGCAGAAGUUGGAGACCCUCUGGCUCUCAGGGAACAAGCUGCAGACCCUGCCAACUGACUUUUUCCCAAAGGGGCGCCUCUUCAUGUAUGUUUUCCUCACUGAGAACCCCUGGCAUUGCAACUGUGACCUGCACUACCUCCAGACCUGGAUCCAGAAGAAUGCUGACAUUGUUUAUCAGCCAGAGCGGGGUCUGGAGGAAACAAAGGUGGAGGUCGCACCUGAGAAGGUUGGCUGGCAUGGAUGUGUCUGGUGGGACAACCCUCCUGGCACCAGGCCCUGCAGACCCUAGAGGUGCGGUAUCCACUGCUGGAAUGGAGGGACUCAACAGGAAACCCUAUGAUGCAUCUCAGCAGCUUCAAAAUCCCCCUCCAGAAACCUACAUUCUGUACAAUCAAGGAAGUGGACUUGUGCCCUGAGGUUACCUACUGCACAAUUAAG